UAGAUAGUGUCAAUUUUGAAAUGCGUAUAAGUGUUCGGUGUUUCUUUCUGUUUAUAAUUUGAUAUUAAAUUAUGUUUAACAUUGAUUAUGGAGAACGACAGUAAUAUAGACAUUGGUGAUACUUUAAAUCUGAAUGAACUUUGUGAAUUAGAUGAUUUCAUUAACAACUAUGAACAUGAGUUGUUUUCAAGAGAAGAUGGAUUGUUCUUUGAAGAAGAUAUUCUUUGCCAUUUUGAUGACUUACCAGCUGAGGAGGAAAAAGUUAAGAAAGAACCUUCAUUAUCACCUCCCUUACCGCCUCCCUCACUACCAAUGGAGGUAGAUGUACCUACUACUGUGUCUGAAAAUCUAAUUUUACAUGAUACAAUACAUAAUUCAAAUAUUGGUAAUAUUGGUAAAAAUAUUCCUGAGAGUAAACCAUGUAUCAACCCAACUGUUGAAAAACUGAAUAAAACAUCUUCAGUUAAUGGUUUAAAACCAACUCCCAUUUUGUUACAACCAAACAAUCGUGUUGUUCAACCUCAAAAUAAUAUUAUUUAUGGAAAUAUUAAAACAUUAUGGACUCAACCACAACAAUCUCAACCUGUUAAACAAAUUGGUUCACAAGUUAGCACAAAUAUUUCUUAUAGACAUGAGCCUUUGAUUAUUAAAAGGAAUAAAAAUUUAGCUGAAAAAACAGGCAGUAGAUAUGUUUCACUACAGAAUGCUGGACAAAUAAAAGUACCCAAUGAACAAAUAAAGCAGAUGCUCUUACAUACACAAUUAGUUACCAGUCCCAAUCCAACUGUCAUGUACACAGAAAAGAUUCAAGAAAAAAUUCCAGUGGGAAAGGCUGUAGUUAAUGCAAUAUCUCCAAACCUACCAUCUGCUAAUGCUACCAUAUUCACAACUGUACCUGUUGAUAUAGAACCUGAUAAGGUAACAACAACCAGUAAUAGAUCCAAAUCAUCUCCAAAAGAUAAACCACCUAAAGUGAAAGAAGUGAAACGAAAUAUGCAUAAUGCUAUUGAAAGGCGGUACCGAACUAGUAUCAAUGACAGAAUAAUUGAAUUGAAAGAUAUAAUUGCUGGUCCCUCUGCUAAGAUGAACAAGUCACUUAUAUUACGCAAAGCUAUUGAAUACAUCAAGUAUUUACAAGAUGCCAACAAUAAAUUGAAAUUAGAAAAUUAUAACUUAAAUAGUAAAAUUGAUCGUUUAAUGACAAAUAACUGUAAAGAGGAGGAAAUAGGAGGAAUUACUCCUCCCAGAUCAGAUAUUUCAUCUCCUUCUCAUUCUGAUCCUCCAACUCCUAUAGAGUCCAUUUAUAGACAAAAUAUCAAUAUGAAAGAUGAUUAUGAUACUGCGAGGGUUCAAGGCAAGUUCGAUCAAACAAGAAUUGUCUUAUGUGCAUUUAUGCUUUCUAUAAUUGUUUUCAAUCCUUUUAAACUUAUAAUGAAUAAGUUCAGUUAUAUGUCUUCAAUGUAUCCUGAAACAGUUAGGGAGCGCAGAAGUCUAUUGACUACUGAAGGUCACAAUGAAUGGGAUUAUAGUUCAUCACUUCUUUUAAAUUUCAUAAAUAUUUUAGUUCUUUUAUGCUGUUUUAUUAAACUGUUGCUUUACAAUGAUUCUGUUUUAUUAAAAAAAUCUAAAUCAUCUGUUGACUAUUGGCGUCAUCGUAAGCAGGCUGAUUUGUAUAUGAUCAAGGGCAAUGUUAAGGAUGCAAAACAUGAACUUAAAUUAUGUCUGUCUAUUCUGGGGUAUACAUUGCCUUCAUCCAGAUUUGGUCUUAUAUUAGCUUGCUUGUGGCAGAGUUCUAGACAAAUUCUUCAUCGCUUAUGGAUUGGAAAGUGGCUUUCUCAAUAUGAACAAGGAUUUCUUAUUCACAGAGAAAAUAAAACUGAAGUUAUGGUAUCAGCUAGAGAAGCAGGACUAGUAUACCACCAUUUGCAUAGAUUAAAUUUGGUUGAAAAUGGUGAUUUUAUUUUGGGUAUAUUCACAGCUGUAUCUGCUGUCAAUAGAGCUGAAACAGCAAAUGAGUUCAUGCCAAAAGAUGUACUGUCUGAUAUUUACAUUGGUUUGGCAUUGCAAUUAAAAGAGUUUUCAAGCAGUACAAUGAAACUUCUUAGCAGGUAUUACUUCUUAUUGGGAAGGGGUCAUUUCAACAAGGACUUGAAUUCUAAUGCACUCUGGAUACUAUCAACUGCUGGACAAAAUUUUACUCUUAAUCAUAACUGGUCAUAUUCAGUUAAUAAAAAUAUUUUUACGGAACAAACUGAUCCUACUUGUCCUCUAGCAUUCACAUGCAUGGUGUUCCGAGAUAACUUAAUUGAAGGUUUACUUCAAUCAUUAGUUGCUCCUGGAUCACAAAUAUUUGUUACGGGUGUUGAGUCUGUUGGAACCUCAUUAUCAAUUUUAAAUAUUUUAAUGGAUAACAUUAGUUAUAAAAAUCGGGUGGACUCUCAUGCUAAAUGGUGGGCUCAUGUCUUGGGUGUUGCUGUUUUUUGGAAUUUGGGAGAAGAUACACAAGCUGAGUCUAUGUACCAGCAUGUUGAAUGUGUACCUUCUGAACUACUUAAUUCUCCUAUAGCAAGAGCUGUUUUAUCAGCAUUUCAGAUGCGUUGUUCAUUUUCAAGUGGUAAAAGUCAUAAAUUGGUUCUUAAAUAUGCUUCUGCUGCCUCACAUCAUCUGCUGGAUAGUAUUACUACCUUUCAUGAUUCUGAUAAAAAAAAUUUGUAUGUACAACUUCUUGUUUGUGAUUGGUUACUUGAAACCAGAACUUCUGUUUGGGAAAAUGGAAAAGUUGCUGUUAGUUCUUCAUUUAUGACUGAUUUUAAUAGGGACCUAGAUUCAUUGAAGAGAAUAACUCAUUUAUUGCCGAAUGGAAAAGACAGGGUAUUUAUCUAUGAAGCAGUUGGAAGGUUGAUGACAGGAGCUUUGCCGUCUAAGACUUUACAUCUUUUAGAUAGAACUUUAAGGCACAGACCAAUGAAGUCCUCAAUCAUUUGUGGAAAAGAAAAGUCAUCGCCCUGUUGGAGUAAAGAAAAGGAACAUGCAGCUGCUCUUUAUUUAGCAUGCAGACAUAUUCCUCCAUCGAUGCUUUCUUCGCCUGGUGAAAGAGCUGGUAUGCUAGUAGAAGCUGCUAAAAGUCUUGAAAAAAUUGGAGAUAAAAAACGUUUAAUGAACUGUUAUAAAUUGAUGAAAUCACUAGGUACAACUGCAAUUUCUAAUUAAUUUUCCUGACUUAAAUCAAAUUAUAUAUUUGUAAUUUUUUAAAAAUAAGUUUAUUAGUUAUUUGGAACAACUAAUAUAUUUUAGAAUUUAAUGAAAAACCAAAUUAUGACAUAUUUUUAUACUUUUAAUUUAAAUUAUUUUUAUUUUGUUCAUAUUAUAUUAAUUUCCAAAUUUGGUGUGUAAUUGUGAUAAUAAUUUUGGUUGUGUACAUUUGAAGAUCCUAGAAAUAAUUUCUAUUACAGAAAUGAGAGUACUAUGAUAAUUAAUUUAUUAUGCAAACUAUUUCAAGAAAUAGGAAAAUUUUCGUGAAUUAUAAAUUCACAGUUAAAUAAGUUUUAAUUUUAUUCAGAUUUUGAAUGAAGAAAUUAAUUUUAAUAUAUUUAUUUUGUAAUAAAAUGUAUAUAAAUAAAAGUUUUAAUAAGAAUCUAAGUUAAUAUAUAUUUUUUUUAUACUCUCCUUUAGUUUUUUAUUCAUGUUAGUCACUUAUUUCUACCUCUUCUUCGUUGCAUGACUACUUGUAAUUUAAUAAAACCAUUAGUUUUAUUCCUUAGGCGCCUUUCACACCAAAAAUGCACGUGCCUCUUAUUUGCAUCUUCUGAUACUUUGAAUCUUAUUUUUGUUAACAAAAAAGUGUUAAAAUCAAAUUUUUACAAACACUGUGAUUUGAAAAAACCUCCAAAAAAUUGCUAUCUUUUUACUUUUUACUCAUUGUUAAAGAGAAAUUCUUAUUAAUUUCAAC